GAAAGUGAUAGCGCUGAGUGUCGCAAAAUGAAAAAAAAAUCAAUAUGUCAUCUUUUAAAAGCUUUGAAAUUACCAGAGAAGAAAUUAAAAGCUCUGCAUAUGGAUUUAUUACUUCAAGAUAAAGAAGAAAUUGCUUUGAAGAAAAUGAAAAGUGCAGGUCUUGAUAAAGAUGGAUUAAAAGAAGCUACUUUAAGAAAGUCACUUAAUGCAAUUAUUAAUAAAUAUGGAUUGGCAGAUCACUUUGCCACUGAUGAAGAAAACACUCAUAAAAAUCAAGUUUCUUCUGAAGUACCAGAGGAAAUGAUAGAUAAGAGAUUUUUCAAAGAUAAGAAACUGAAUAAACUAUGGACUCAUGUAGAAAAGUCAGAUUUUUCAGAUGAAGAACUAAAAACUCUGAAAGAAGAAUUUCAACAUCAUCAAGAAAAGCUAAACUUGUAUCAUAAUUUACUUGAUGAAAUUAAUAAAGAUGCUGCAAGUUCAGCACCUGAAGAAAUGGAUAAUUCGGUGGAAACAUUAAUGAGAGAGGAAACUAAUAAAAAGAAUUCACCACAUACUCAGCAGAUGUUAAAAAAACAAUAUCAUGAUCUUAGACAAGAUUAUGAUUAUUUAGCUGGAAAAGUUUUGAAAGGCAAAGGAAUUAUUUUUGAAGAGGGCCGUGUAAAUAAAUUAUGGGAAUUAGCUCAGAAAGCUGAUUUUACAUCAAGUGAAUUAGAAUCUCUGAAGGAAGAAUUGCAUCAUUACGAGCAUCGUGUUAAAAAGCUGAAGUUUUUGGAGGCAGAAUUAGAUUUUUCUAAUGAAAGACAUGAAUCAAAAAAAUAUGUUGAAGACAAAUCUGAAGUUCAAAAGCAACGAGAACAACGUGUAAAAGAUUAUAAUUAUAAGGUAAAUAAAAUUCAUAAUGAGAUAGAAUCAAGAAUAUUACAGCGUCACCUGGAAUUAUAAUUAUAAAUUCAUUACUACAGUAAAAUUAUCUAAAAUUUUGCCAUAGUUUAUUGAUAUUUUAUUUAAUGUAUCUGCUAUUAAAGAAUUUUGAAAUUAAGUAUAAGGUAAACAUCUCAUUUAUAUUAUUUAAAUGUUAAACUAAUUGGAACAUUUCUUUAUACAAAUAAUAAUAUAUAUUUUUUUGUAAUUUUUUUUGAUUACAACAAAAAGUGUCUUCCAUAUUGUAAAUAAAACAUUUAAUUUUUUUUAUUGUUUGUUUCUUAACAAAUUAUUUUAAAAUCUGUUAUAAAAUUGUUAAACAUUUGUCAAUAGUUUUCAACUAAAAAAGUUCCACUGAUUUUUGUAAAAUAAAAUCAAAGUUGUAAUUUUGUACUAAAUAUCCACAAAGCUAUAAGUAUUGUACAGAAUAAAAUGCUUAAAACCAAUCAUUUUGAA